AUCGAAAACUCGUACCAAAGCACUCUGCAAAACACAAGAAAUUCACGAAAAGUUCCUCCUCGCUCAUCUUCUACCUCACACUGGCCCAGUUCCCCACUCCACUCUACUCCAGUGCAGGACGUCAGUAACCUGGAGAUGGGGAGAGCUUCCCCUCCCGCUCCAGGCCUCGCGCUCGGGGUGCUCGUCUUACUCGCCGCGCUGCCUUCCCCGGCGGCCGGGGUCAACGUGACGGCCGUGCUCGUGGCGUUCCCCAACUUCUCCGACUUCACGCGGCUGCUGGCGUCCAGCCCGGUGGCCGCCGAGCUGGCCGGGCGGUCGUCGCUGACGCUGCUGGCCGUGCCGAACGCCAACCUGCCGCGCUCGCCCUCCGCAUUCGCCGCGGCCUCCGGCGCCGACCUCGCCGACGUGCUGCGCUACCACGUCCUCCUCGAGUACCUCUCCCCGUCCGACCUCGCCCGCCUCCCCGCCUCGGGGAAGCUCGUCACCACGCUGUUCCAGACCACCGGCCGCGCGCCCUCCGACUUCGGCGCCGUCAACCUCACGGCCGUGGCAGCCGCGGGCAGCAACUCCACCACCGUCGUCGUCCGCUCACCGUCCCCGUCCCCGGGGCCGUCCAACGCCACCGUCCUCGGCGCCGUCACCUCGGAGCCCUACAACAUCAGCGUGCUGGCGGUGGGCGGCCUCAUCGUGCCCUCCGGCCUCGACAUCGCGGCCUCCGGCUCCGAGACGCGCCCGUCGCCCGCGGUCAACAUCACGCGCGUCCUCUUCGACGCGCGGGGCUUCAACGUGGCCGCGUCCAUGCUGGAGGCCUCGGGCGUGGCGGACGACCUCGAGGCCGACGAGCGCGGGGCCGGGGUCACCGUCUUCGUCCCCACCGACGACGCCUUCGCCGACCUCCCGGCCACCGACCGGCUCCAGUCCCUCCCCGCCGACCGCAAGGCCGUCGUGCUGCGCUUCCACGUGCUGCACUCCUACUACCCGCUCGGCUCCCUCCAGUCCAUCGUCAACCCCGUCCAGCCCACGCUCGCCACCGAGUCCGCCGAGGCCGGCCGCUUCACGCUCAACAUCACGCGCUUCAACGGCUCCGUCGCCAUCGACACCGGCGUCGUGCAGGCCACCAUCACCCGCACCGUCUUCGACCAGAACCCCGUCGCCGUCUUCGCCGUCUCCAAGGUUCUGCUGCCCAAGGAAAUGUUCGGCCGCCCUACUACCGAUACCGCCGCGGGGGCUGCUGCGGCGCCUCCGGCCACCAAGGCUCCGGACGUCUCUGGUGGCGUGGGGACGAGGCCGGCGAAGCUGUUCUCGCCGCCAGCCUUACACGGCGGCACCGACAUCAAGCCAUCGUCGGCAUCGGCAAGGGCAUCGGCAAAUUGGCGGUGUAUAGGAUUGCUCUACCUGUCACUAUUGCUCCUACCUCUGGUAUGAGAUCCAGCUUGCUCGCUCGCUCGCUCUCUUAAUUUUUCUUCUUCUUCUUCUUCUUUUACCAUUUCCCCUCUUUCUAGAUUGAAUGAAUGUGUGUGUACACCUGGAAUGGAAUGGGGAGAGAAUUCCGUAGAGUAGCAAUUGUUUCUGGUUUCUUCAUCACUUGAUUAUUAGGGAAAUAAUAAUACCAUGUGCAGAAAUCUAUGCAUUCCUUCUUCUGCAAAA